AAUGUAUUGUGUAUAAACAAGCAUAGGCUAUUACCAGUUACAUCUUCCUGUGUGCUUCUGCCUUGGUUUCCUAAAGGUGGUACAUAAAAAAUAUCUAUACCAACACUGCAAUUUGAAAUGGUACAAUUGGUGUCAUAAUGUGAUGGUAGUCUGCACUUCCUUCCUGUAGUGCCGCUGUAUGUAAUUAUGUGAGAGGUAGACUAGAUGCAUUAUGUAUCAGUAGUUGUUGCCAGGGCCCAGAGUGCCACAUGGGAUACGUUGGCACGGUUGUGUUGUAAUGGUUGAGUGAACAUAGGUUCCGUAGAUGCAGCCCCCGUUUAUGUCCGACACGCUGGCUAACAGAGUUAUCUGUAUGUCCCAUAUAGAAAGUAUGGAGGUUCCAGUGGCCACAGUGAAUGCAAUCUAGCGUGUGUGUGUGUAAUACCCAAGCCAUGGUGGGCAGUGAGCAGGCUCUGUUCAAACAAUCGACCUACAACUUCACAAACAUCGUCGCAGUAGCUGCUGGGUUUGUGGAUGGACUAAAGUAUGGUGCCAGUACCAAGAGUGCAGUCAUAAGAAUAGGACUCCAGGAGAUGUGGAGAUUCAUCUCUUCCUACUAUAAGGAUUGUCAGUACACCACCCUGCUGGAGAGCUGUGGCAUCGCUGAUCUCAUGGCCACGUGUACAGCUGGUCGCAACAGGCGGGUGUGUGAGGCUUUUGUCACUACUGGCAAGCCAAUAGAAGAGCUGGAAGCAGAGAUGUUACAAGUCAGAAGCUGCAGGGCCCACUGACAGCUAAAGAGGUCCAUGAGGUGCUAGUCAACGAUGGCAAGGUUGAAGAGUUUCCACUGAUGGCUGCAGUACAUAUGAUAUGUACUGGCAGACAGACCCCCAAGGACCUGAUUACAACGUUAGCCUCACUCUGACUUUAUAUAUACACUUCAACCCUCUAGUCUAUAUCAGUAGCAGAGUGUUGCAUAAUGUACAGGGAUCUCCCUAUCACAGCAAUAUUAUGGUAUAUAGAACCUCAUAUUAUUAUAGCUCACGCAUUUCUAUAUAGCACUUGUUUAUACU